ACUUCCUGUUAUACAAUGGCGACGGAGGGGGUUAACUUGCAGCGGCGUUAAGAACAUGUUUCUUUACUGGAAGCGAAGGAAGCGCGAUAGCGGAUAGUUCUGUCAUUUUAAGGUUAAGCGUGAACUGUCUUAAAUGUCAAUUCGUGAUUGAUUUUCCGUCUCCGGCUGAUGUAGAGCUCUAACGAGUCGCAAGUUGCAGCAGUCGAUCCGGGCAGACACUAGUGUCGAGUUGUUUGUGCGGUUCGCAGUCAGUAAUGCUCCUACGGUUUUGCGUGGGGAGUCUUUCCAUCAUGGGCGCAAUGUCUCCUAGUACGCCCAUGUCGCCUCUUAAGCUGCAUGCGGUUUUCGCGCUGGCUUAGUUGGCUGCCUUGCAAGUGAAGCCGCGCAUACCGACAGCGAUGGAGGAGCGGCCGAACAACAGCCGUAGCGUCCCGGACCCUGUUUCGCGACGAUUUCUGUCACCAGACGAUCAGAGCUACAGCGACGUAGCUGGCACCAGUGCUGAUACCGGCUUCGUCCGCAAUGUGUUCUCGACGGGCGGCACUCAGGCAUCUGUCGACUCAACAUCGAGCGACAGCAGUGACUGCUCAGCCCUUGCGGGAACCAGCGCGGAGAGGCCGGGCUCGCCACUGGGAUCGCCCGCUGCGUUGCCACUGCCUGCUGCUGCUGCGUCUGCUUGUUGCGCCCAGGGACCCAAGUUCAAACUAACACACGAAGGCGACGUGCAGCUCUGUAGGCUCAACCACAGCCGCACUGUCAUUAGCAAAAUCCUUAGUUCGAAGUUUCUUCGGCGUUGGGAGACGCACAGAGUUGUCCUCGGCACAUCGGAGAUGUCAUCGAAGACGCCUAGUGGCUUCAUGGAGCAGCCAGUUAGCUACAGCUCUAUGGAAGAUGUGUAUUCCCUGUGUCGAUGGGACCCUAGUCACAAGUUCUGCCUCCGUGUGGUCAUUCCUGAGGGCUCCCUUCUGCUCCAGGCGGCCAAUGGAUACUUACGUGAUCAGUGGCUACACUCUAUCCUCUGGAAAAAAAGCCUACUGAAGCAUGAAAAGAUUCUUAUGACAUCACGAAGGAUAGAAGUUGUGACUAAAGAACUGAAGAACUUGGUUGAACUUACACUAACAACCCCUCUGCAAGACAAAAACAUCUACCAACGUCCUCUAGAAAUUAUAUCCAAGUUCCUUGUCCAGAGCAAAGAAUGGCUUUCUGGAAAAGAUGUCGAGGCUGUCAUCAAUGCAGUUCUUCCUCUGCUGGAGAGAACUACACCUACUCCUGAGAUAUGUGAAUAUUUUUGUAAGCACUGUAGAGAAUGUCCUCGAUCAAAGUUGGUUUUUGAGAUGUACACUCCUGUGGUUCAGCGAAUACUGAAACGCAACAUGGAUUUUGGCAAGUACCCAAUGACACGUAUGCUUGUCCAGGAGUACAUUCAGUCGUUGAACUGUCAGAACUCUGGAUUGGAGGCUGUGCAGGAAUUUGUUCGAAGUGUGCAUGGUGAAGGAAGCACUUGUCCACAUCCUCGUGUUCUGCCAAACUUGGUGGCUACGGUGCUGGCUGGUGUGUUUGCCUUGUUUGAGGCUCGCCGAAACCCGGAAGAUCACAAUGAUAUAUCGCAUUCCAUUAGUGACUGGGAAGCCAAGCAUGACUGCUUCGUGAAGGUUUUAGAUGUGAUUGUGAACUACGAAGACUGGCGCUUGCCACUCGGCCAGCUUUUGCAGCCCCUGCCUUUCCCAGACGAUGCCCUUGCCUGCCAGCGGUUCACUUUGGGCCUGGAGCCCAUAGUGGAAUGUCUUGGCACUGACCCACGGUGUGAGGUGCACAGUGUGGUGUUAGGUGCACGUGAUGGGAAGGAUGGCUGGCUGCAGCUGUACAGUCCAGGUAGCAUCGCUUGCCAGGAUGGUGGUGCCCUCUGGAGCCAGCUGCUGGGCACCCUGGUGGGCUGUGGCUGUGGCCGGCGGCGUGCCUUUCUGGGACCCCUGGCAAAGUGGCUUGAUGCUCUGCGUGAGCGUGCCCUGGCUGGUGACACUGCUUGCCAGAUGACACUAUGUGCUAUGUUGGAACUGGGUGCCCUCGAGUCACCAGAGGCGCGAUUGCAGGCUGGUGCUGCUCUCCAGAGCUCACCCCACUAUGGUGCUCUCUGCGUACGCCAGGGUCAGGCACGCCAGCUCCAGCAGAAGGGUGGCCCCACAAAGCUUACGCUGCCUGCACGCUCCACGGAUGCUGACUUGGAGAAGCUGCUGAGCUGUGGAUCGUUUGGGAACCUGGAAUGUUUAUCUCUGGCUUUUACCCAAGUGACCAGUGCUUGUGCUGAGCACCUCAUCAAGCUUCCUUCUCUACGCUAUCUGAACUUGUGGUCAACACAGUUUGGUGACUCUGGGUUAAAACUUAUCUCGGAGCACCUCCCAAAGCUUCAAGUGCUCAACUUGUGUGAAACUCCAGUCACUGACAAAGGGCUGUCAUCACUUGAAUCGAUGAAAAGCUUGCGAAAGCUGAAUUUGAACAGCACCAGUUUGUCUGCACAAACGUUUGAGUGUCUAAAAGAGAAGCUGCCUGCUCUACAGGAGUGUGACGUGCGCUAUACGGAUGCUUGGUGAUCAGUGCCAGAAAAAAACUUUCAAACCAUGUUUGUUGGAGGGAGCCUAAGUUGUCUUUUGCCACCGUCCUGCCUAAAGUCCCUACUUGGUGUCUUCUGUGGUCAUCGAACUUGUUCCUAUACCUAGUAUGAUAGAUAUAAUUUGCCCUGUUGCUUAUUCAUGUCCUUGAAGGCCAGAAACUUGUUUUGUGAUGAGGCAUUUGAUGCAGAUAUCCCUCUGCUGUAUGACAUUCCUUUGACCUCAUUUAUGCAUUUGGUAUAGGACUUUGAUUGUUAGCAUUCUGAGGUUGUAUUGCUUCUUUCUUGUUGUCACAUUUCCAGGGUUUUUGUAUUGAGUGUUUUUUGAAAAAAAAAACAAAAAAAACUUGCUUUGUGUCUAUUGAAGUCUUUAUGUGCAAUUAUGUCACAGAAUUAAACAUGCCACAGAAAGCUGCCAAUUCACUUGGGAACGUGUUUUGGUGGUAUGAACACCUGAGUGUUAAUUGUGCUAGUGUUAUUUAUUAAUUUAUUCCACCAAUCAGGGUUUAUGGAAGUUGUUGCAGCCAUGCAUUUAUUUCUUUUGCAUAAUGUAAUGAGCUGCUUGUUUCAUUCAGCAGAAUGUUCUGCAUGUGCUGUUGGUGAUAAUGGCAUUCUUGUCUUGCCUCCCCGUGGUGCUUGUGUGUUUGCUUCCACUUAUAAGCUGUUUGUCUUGUCAUGGGGAUUGCAUUAUGAUAACUGUGAUUGAGCACCAGUUGCAGGUAACCUGCAACUCGUUCAAGGUGAUCUAUUAACCUGUACUUGCGUGGCAGGGUUCAGAUUGGCUUGUCUGCCUUAAAUUUUAGGCAUGCCAAUAAACAGACAAGAGGCUGCUCUUUAAAUGUCAGACAGUUCACUCUAAGCUCGGACAAAUCUCUGGAACACCUUUUUUCACAUUAUUUUACAUAAACAUUAUGGAGAAGGGCAUUAAUGCAUUGCUUUGUCAUCAUUGUUUCUUGUGAUCCAACAGUUUGCCAAAACAUGCCUGACUGCUUAGUGUUAUAUUGGCAAUGGAACUUGUAUCUGAGAUGUCAUGUAGCAUAUUCACUGUAUGUUGUUCGUAGAUGUAUGUAUCAAAUAUGUUCAGGGAUAGUAUACCUUGUGUGUGUGUGUGUGUGUGCGUGCGUGCGUGUGCAUUGUGUGCCAUGUGCAUCUGCAACAGGUUCAAUCUAUUGGCCACGAGGGUCCUGGAAGUAUCAUUUUACUCUUAACUGCUCAGAGUGCUGUGCUGUGUUGUAUUGGUGAUUGUGUCUUGAGAAUUACCAGAAUCUUUUAGAGUACCACUGUGUUAAUUUAUCAAUAAUACUAUAUCAUAUAGUUGCAAUCGUAGCCUGUAAAUGUAAUUCUUGUAUGCUAAGCUGCCCGUAGAACAAGGUGUAAUUAGUGAGAAUCUGCGGUUGAUGUAGUAUUGCCUCCCUAUCAUAAUGCAUCAUUAUUGAGCCAUGAGGUGCUGCAUGUGUCUAGAUAUGACACCAAGAGACCCUAAGAAAAUUCCUGCAGCCUAUGCUGCUGUGUCCUAAGUCCUUAGCCUGCCGUAGGGGCUCGACAUGGUGCCGGGCUCCAAGCUGGGCAAUGUGCCGGGCCUGUGCUCUCAGUCGUAACGAGCUUCUCUUAUUCUGGACCCUUUUGAGUCUCCUUUUUCGCCCCCCUUUCCCACCCUGGUUAAGGUUGUGUCCUUAUUCUCUGAGCUUGCAUGGGACAACAGUGGUCAGAUGAAACACAGGUGCCAGCCUGUGUUGUUCAAACAGUACAAAGUAGAGCAUAUAUAUAUUGACUGUAAAAAGCUGCUGCGAGGGCCCAUUUUCUGUGAACACUGAAAUGUAUGAGGAAGGCCUUCCUUUAGACAAAUUAAUAACACAGUCGGCUCUCUUUAAGAUUAACAUGAAGGGACCUUAGAAAUUUACUUGUUUUAUCAAAAGUUCAGCUUCACAGAAGCGCUCUGCAUCUGCAGGAAACGAAGUGGAUGUUCCCAAGCAGUUCAUCUUAUCAGGAAACUUGGUUUAACAGAGUUCAUCUUAAAGGGAGCCUACUGUAAUUUGUUUCAUAGUGGCAUUUGGUUUUUGGAGCACCUCAACAGUGUAAGGUACAAAAGUUUUCUGGUUUUAUAGGGUCUUGAGUGCGAUAAAAACUGUAAAAGGUGUCUCUCAUUAUCUGGUUGUCCUUUUUUUCUGCCUUUCUUGCUUAUGCCAAAUCCUGAUAGAGCUGUGAAAUGGUGUGGAGGAGUGAAGAGCUGCUCUGGUGAGCCAGCCAACUAGGGCCCAUUUAGUGCCACAGAAAGUUCUCUGCCUGGCUCGCUAAAAUGUGGGCUUGGAAAAAGAAAACAAGGAACGAGCAGCACAUGGCAUGGGCUUGUCUGCUGCAGUUGUGUCAAAAAAAAAAAAAAAAAUCUGCCUUAGCAAGCAACGUACAAACCAUCUGUGUGUGCUUUCAGACUAGAUUUCUGGCGGCACAACACAUUUACACUCUUUCAUGUAAACCUGCUUACUUUUUCUUGGCCUCUGCAGUGUAGCUUUUCCUCAUGCAGCAUAAAUUUAUGUGUAGUUUUUUCUUUUUUUUUAAAUGCUGCUUUUCUGAUCUUCUGGUAUCAAGUUCAACACUUAUCACCUGAACAGCACAAAUCAUGGGGGAAACCUGAACUCUUGAGUGCUAGCUCACUUGACACAAAGAUAUGUACAAAUUACUACUUUCACUGAUAAAGUUUAUGAAUUCAAAGUGUUGUCCAUCUUGAAGGCUUAGCUUUUGAUGUACAAAUGUCUUUGCAGUGUUCAGUAUGUCAGUUUAGUGCUUGGUGGUUUUGCUGCCAUGUGUAGUGUGACAUUCGUGUUGCUUGUGUCAAACUUUUCCUCCAGGCAAAAAAUGUAGAUCUGUGGAAACUUCAAAUUGCUUACUCCUAUUAUGAUUGCAAGCCAUGAAAUGUCAAAUAAUGUGAUGGCUGAUAAAACUGAAGAUGUGUUCUGUUGCUUGGGUUGUCUUUGUGGCUUGUGUAUAUGCUGACAACUUCAAUUGGCUUGAAUGAUCCUUCACUCGCUCACAAACACGAACAAGAGAUGUGGUCCUUCAUAUUAACUCUUCGAUUCAUGGAAAUAUAUUUUUGUGGUUUGUAUCAUGAUAAAAGAUCACUAUAUAUGGCGACCGUCUUCUUCCUGCCAUCACAUAGCUUGAUACUGCUCACUUGUGGGUGUCACCACAUCACUUGCUUUUUGCCAUGCUUCUAUGCCAAUACACAUCACACAAACCAUCAGGGCAGCAUGGAAUGGGAGCGUGCAUGCUUGGCUUGUUUGCACUUUGAUGGAAUAGGUCUCUGGCUAAAUAACUGCAGGUGGUCAGAGAAUGCUGUGCAUUCAUUAUAAUCAUAAUGUGGCUCACCAGGCUUUUCAAAAAGUGGAGUAGUUGAUGCACUGUUGAUGCUGUCUUCGUAAGGAGUGUGAUGUGGCAGUGUAGUAGAGUGGAAAAUGGCAAGAAUUUUCCAAAUUACUUGGCAGAUCCUUUGCUGCCCUUCAUCUGGUGCAUUGGAUGUGUUGUGCACUGUCGUGUGCAAGCGUGGGAAUGCUUAAGACAAGUGUGUUGUGUACUUGCAUUUAGACGACAUACAUACUGGUAACUUCAUUUGUGUGAUUUAUUGUGGAUAUUUAUAACUUUGAAAGAGAGCAAGUCUGACAUACUCUGGACACUUUCAUGUUCGCCACUUGCUGGGAGUAACUGCUAAAAUUGAAUUUGGGAACAUUGCAUUUGACACUGUUCAUAAUACCACCUUUUAUUCAUUCAAAUCCUUUUGUGUAUGAUCUCUGCCAUAUCUUGUUCUUGUAUGUGCUUAAUGUCUCUUGCUUCAGUUUUUAUUGCUGUAUUAAAUAUAGAUUAUGUUUAUGAA